GAUACAGACACUGUAGAAUUUCUAAGACAUUGGAAAUGUCUGGUUCCUGGAUUUUAUUUAUGAUCUUCAGCACCAUGUAUACAGUCCAACGUGGUAGACGCUGGGUUACUGCACAAUCCCCCACAGAGUCACCAGUUUAUCAGCCUGAUAAAGAGCUCAAUGUGAAUAUCGCAGACUCGGCUACUCUACGGUGUUGUAUUUUAGAAAAGAACUUUGGUGUAAUUGCUUGGUUUAAGCAAACAAAAAGAACAAAACCUCAGACUAUAGUCAGUUUCUUUAAGACUGCUGGAGAAACAUUUUUCAAUGGAUUCCAAAAAUCUCAUUUCCAAAUAGAAAGAUCUUCAAACUGCUUCAAUAUGAUCAUUUUAAACACCACUCAGUCUGAUGAAGCCAUGUACUACUGUGCACUCACAUGCCCAAACCUUGUGUUUGGAGAUGGGACUUAUUUAAAAAUUAAAGGUGAUCAUGUUACUAUUGCAUCAGAAACAUCUAAACCAGCUCUGUGUGAUAAUUCAGUGGUGUGUGAACCAACACUGCAUGGAAACAGUACUAUCAUGAACACACACGAGAAAACAGUGCUCGGUUUGGGAACGGCUUUGGGCUUGUGCGCACUUCUGAUUUUCUGUCUCAUUUAUUUCAUACUGAGGAGAAGAAAAAAUGAAAUCUGUAGAUUGAAUGCUUCUAUAGAGAACUGUCCAGAAAUGACACAGGAAUAUGAAACCGAAACACUAAAUUAUGCAGCUUUGCAAUUCUCCAAGAGGAAAGCAAAAGUUGAAAAAAAGAAAACUGGCUCAUCGGAUGCAUGUGUGUACUCGGGUGUGAAGAAAACUGUAAUGUAAUGGUAAUGAUAAUGAGUCGUUAUUGGUCACAGCACACUGAAAUUCCUUUCUUCGCAUAGUCCAGCAUGACAGGAAGUUGGGCUCAGAGCAUUUAUGCAACAUAAAUUAUUCAUAAUACAUGGUACUAUUACACUACAAAAACAGGGAAAAUGUUUUAUCAAGUGGAAAUAUUUUGAUUAUAGUUUUAAUUUUCCAUACUUAUCAUUAUGAGAUUAUAAUAACUAAAAUAUUAUUAAAGCAAAACAUUUGCUAUUUUUUUUUUUUUUUUUUAAAUUUUUGCUAAUUUAUUUUGUGGCCUUAUUUGUAUGACUCACUCUUGCUGAAGACGUGUAAAUGCAUUUUCAUUAAAAAUGUAUUAAAAAAAUG